CUAAAAAUAUACAAAUCCUCAACUAAUUGCCAAACUGACUAGAAUUAGUGCAGCCGAGUGUCUAGACUGUCACACAUUAUACAUAACCAACUAUCUGGGACCAUACAGAAACAUCAAGAAGAGAGAGCAAAUAAAUUAUUCGGUUUAUACAAGCACGUGAUAUAGUUAUUAGAUAUUGGAUGUAUUGGAGUUGGUUUGGGUAGUGGCGGUAGGAAAAGUGUCGAAGAUUGGGUCGUAAAAUUAUAAAUACACCCAGGGCACCAAAAUCUAUAGGACCAUACAAUCAAGGUGUAGCUGUGAAUAACACCUUAUAUAUUUCAGGCCAGUUGGGUCUUGAUCCUGACACAAUGCUUUUUGCUGGAGAUGAUGUUGAAUCACAAACUCAUCAGUCUCUUAAAAACAUCAGAGAAGUAGUUCAGUCUGCUGGUUUUACUAUGCGGGAUGUUGUUAAGACCACUUUGCUUUUAGCCGAUAUGAAUGAUUUCGGGAAAGUUAAUACGAUAUAUGCACAAUAUUUUGCAGAUCCAUAUCCAGCUCGGGCUACUUACCAAGUUGAAUGUUUACCGAAAAAUGGGAAAAUAGAAAUAGAAGCAAUAGCAGUUCGGGAGGAAUCAGGAUCUCAAGGAAAUGAAAGCUUAGAAUAAUCUGGCUCUCCAAUUUUGUCAGGAGCUUUGCUCAAUAGAGUUCCACAUUCUAGUAAUGAAUAAAGGAAACCGUAGUUCUUCACAACUUUGGAGUAUUCUUGCACGCGCAGUCAAGUGUAGUUACAAAGAAGGAAAGCCUAAAUUAUCUUGUAGCAGGCACUUUGAAACUAGUCGUUUGACGAAAAAGGUUUUUGAAGUCCAUCUAUUAGAACAGUCCGCCGAGAUAGAUGAAAAUACUUUGUGGUUGGAACUUGUACCGCGUCCGGUUAUUCACCAGUCAAAUGAUUCACUUGAAUUACCCACCAUUGUUUCUUCUUUACAUGUACGGAUCUAUAAAACACUUAGUAUCGCUAAAACAACCGACUCUUCUUGUAUGAAUCCAUUGUUAGAUGUGUUAACUGGUUUCGAUAACACAGGGAAUGUUCACUUAUGGUCUAGUGAAAUUUUAUUGGCCCACAGUAUGUUCUUUGAUUGCCUUUAUCCUGGUCUAUGGAAUGAAUUGUAUAAUAAUUUUGGUGAUCAUCCGAUUGAAAACGUCUGUGAAUUAUGUGCUGGUAUGACUGGUGCUGCUGGUUUAGCUAUUUCUUUACGCAAAUAUUCAAAUAUAUUUAAAACGUCAUAUGUUUUGAUUACUGAUGGUAAUGAUCAAUGUGUUGCAUCUAUCUCCUCUAUUAUUGAGCAUAAUUCUAAACGCUUAUUGGAUAAUUGCAAUCUUGAUCAAGAUUUCCUGUUACAUAUGGACGUAAAAAAUAUUCGAUGGCCAGAAGAUGUAAGCUACAUGUUGUGUAGUGUGAUGUAAAUGACUAACGAAACAAUUUAACAACCAACCAUAGUUUGGGUUUUUCGUAUUUAUUAUUAUAAAGAAAUUAACGAAUAAGGCUUUAUAAACCAGAAUGAUGUCUUGUUCGAUUCUUAGUGAAAAAAUAAUCCGAAUCAGUUUAUUAGUCUCUUCUCAGUUAGUCAUCACCGACAUUAUAAGAUGGUGAAACUGUUCGGUCAACUAAACUUAUAUAUUUUGCUCGUUUUCUAUGUAAUUCACUGUUUUUCGUGCCUCAUACAAUUGUUCCAGCUGAUAUUUUCAGUUAAAUAUUAUGCUUCAAUUUAUUCAUAUUAAUUUCGUCGAAAUACACUGGAACUGCAUCAGUUGAAUAGUUAUAAUCAGAAAAUAAUGUGAAAAUAAGUUGUUUUACUAAUAAUAUUGGUCUUUGGCGGUACUAAUGCUACUUUUUAUUAUUAUAACUUGGGCAAGUCAGUUUCCUGUUUCCUGUUCAUUUUCCGGGUCAGCAAUUAGUGCCGGUUUACGAUGCCAACUUAUGGGAAAGUCUUUGUAAAAUCUUUCGAGAAUUUUGUUCAAAAUAUUCAGAAACAGGGAGAUUGUGCAUAAAACACUAAAUGAGGAAAGGUUAUCUUUGUGUUAUGGAUCGUUCAGAGAAUACUUGUUUACAACAUUGCUAAAUAACCGAACAAACAAGAACCGUCUACUCGAGAAUUCUUUGUCAGUUAAAUGUUACGUAUUCCUACGUGUGUGCUCAAAAAUCAUUUUAAUCUGAUGCAUCAUGUAGUCUAGCUGGACUGUUUAAUAGGUUCACCGGAGUAAUAAUCUUCACUACAAAUUAAUACUAUUUGAAGAAACAGUGCUAAUUUGAAAAAGUACGAAAAUGUCCGUUUACUCUUUACCUUUUUAAUGACUUAACAAAGCCCAUCCAUUGUUUUUAGGAUGAAAAUUACAACCCCCAUGUUUCAUGGUGGGACCGUUUCUGUAAAUCUUCGCUGAGAUUAGAAACAAAUACAUUUUCCGUGCUUAGAUAUCCCCUCAAUUAUUUGCAUUCGUGAGAUGGUUCAUUAGUUUAUGAAAAGUAAUACAUUUCAACUGAUUGCUGGAUAGUAACCACUACGACUUUGAAUUAUUCGUCUUCACGGUCAUCAUCGUCAUUGAUUGCUGAGCUAGAUGAAUCGUUAGUUCAUCGAUUUGAUUUAAUUAUAGCAGCUGAUUGUUUCUUUGACCAAUCCUACCACCUCAGUAUGUUAAAUACAAUCAAUAGACUACUGUCUUUACAAUCUGGAUCAACAUUUCUAGCUAUUUCACCUUUACGUGGUAAUAGUUUGCAUAAUUUUAUUAAUUUGGCUUAUCGAAUGGAGCAAACUUAUAGUUGGACUGUCAAAUUAAUACCACCUUCAGACUACUUAUCAUCACAGUUUAUAAGUUAUUUAAUUGAUGAAUCAAAUCGUGUUCAAUUUAAUGACAGUGAAUUAGAUAAUAAAAUUGGUCAUUUGAUUGCUUUUACACGAACUAACUAGUGUUUUAAGUUAUUUUGGAAAAAGGAACGUAAUAUCAUAUUAUUAUAAAAGCGUAGUUUUUGUAUUUGUAAAUAUUGUAAAUAAUAAAUCAGUUUUCUACUUAUUGUUCGAGAUUUUUGUUUGGAUGUUUUUUCUGUGUAUUUAAAAAUUCGUAGUCUAACAAAAGCAAACGGUAAGUGUACAUGCUCAUCUUUUACUUGAGAUCUAUUCACAGUGGUUUGCUCUAAAGAAACCUUCGUAGCAGUAGUCUAUAGAAUAAGAUAGUCUAUGAAUAUCCCGUCUUAUUGAACCUGUAGUCACAACAAAAUUUAAGCUUUUCUUGUGUGAUGAUAGACAACAGCUUUUAUAAUUCUAUCAAACAAACUCGGGGAUAAUUGAUUUUCGUAUAUACGAUCAGUAGAUGUGUGAGUGCUGUGAUUCUUUUUAUGUUUUACUUAUAUUUUCAUCUGUAUUGCUUCAAAGUUUUAAUUCUCAACUUGUUUAUCUUCUCAUUUUACGCCAUCUAAAUAUUAUCUUGAGAAGUGGGUUUUCUUUUCGAAUAAGUUUUUUUAUCAAUAGUCAUAUAAGAAUAAUUUUCCUACAGCCAGACAUAUAGUUUCAUCAGUCUCCACCCUAGUUCAUGCAUGCACUAAUCACUUCAUAUCAUUGCGAUGAGUUAGCAAAUUAUGAUACUGAACAUUGUGUGGAUAGCUUGAUACCAUUCAUAUAAACUAACAGAAGUUUAUUAAUUUAGAUUUAAGCACUUAUUUGGAGAGAGAUUCAACUAAUAUUACAUAGUAGGAUUUUCAAUUAAGAUCAUAAAGUGAUCAAUGUUAGACCACAAUUGAAGCACUGGACGGCUGUUUCACCCUAGUAUGGGACUAUUCAACAGUGUGCAUCCACGAUCCCGCGUGCGGGACCAAACAUUAACUGGUUCAUGAUCUCAAUUGAAACUGAACAAUCUCCACAACCUUAUACUGAUAAUGGUACGAUUUGUUCGUAGUGUUUUGAUACUGUCUGUGAUUAUAUUGAAGUCAAACUAUUUUAGUGUGUUUUCAAACUGACGUAGAAUGAUAAAUAAGAGUGGUGAAUACGAAAAGACUAAGACUUUUUAGUAUAUGAUACUUUCAUAAGAUGGAUUUUUUUCUAGAUAGAAUUUACUUUCACAGUUGUAAUCACGGACUGAUCUUAGCUUGAACACCAUUGAAAAUCUGGAAACAUUGAACAACCGUUUCGUCCCGGCAUGUGGUUCCUCGGUGGUACUCAUUUGUGACCUCCAUGCGGGAAUCGGACUCAAGACCUUUCGUCUUGCGCGCGAAUGCUUAACCUCUAGACCACUGAACUGGUAUCCGACUGUGUUAUUGUCUAACUUGCAAAAGUUUUAUGUAAAGGUCAUGUUAUAUCUGACUUCUUCAAUUAGUACUUAAGUAAAUAAAAUCAUUUGAAUAUGCUGUAGUUUGAUAUGUCUCUUGCCUUACGCAAUGAAGGCAACUUUUUAAAUAGUCUAGUGGGCAUUUCGAAGUUGGUUUUCAAAAAGUAAUACCAUCUAAAGAGGUUUUGAAAAUCAAUGUGAAGAUCCAACUACUGUGGUAUAAUAUUUUCUGAAUUCCCAAAAAUCCAAACUUACAACAUUCUGUCAGCAUCGAUACAUGAACUUCCUAGUUUCACUGUCCACUGGGUCAGGAUCCAAUAAUCCACAUUUCUAACUUCAAUCAGUCUGCGAUAUAGCCCUAAGAUCAUAUGAUUUUAUAUCAUAGCUGUCUGCUGAGUGAUUUCUGUUUUGUUUUUAGUAAAUUAUCUUAGUCCUGAAAAUUUCAUCUUUUCGUAGAAUGUUAAUUAUAUUCUUAAAAAGGUAUUUAGUUUAGAAUUUCACAAGUGCUAACUAUUUCCAGACUUGCUCACUUAUAUGUUAUUACUAACGUACUGAUAUUCAGACGUGUUAAUUAUCAGUAGUAUAGGAGUUUUGCUCAACAUUUAAAACUUAUGGCUCAUUAAAAUAGUAAUGACAAUAACACAAUUCCUUUUUUACUCUUUUUUAUUUUUAGUACUUAUUUCUAGUUGUCGGUGGUUUUGCUUUAUUUGCGUCAGCUGUUUACAUUAGAUUUUACAAAGUAAUUGAAACUUCGAUCUUUUCAUAUGAAAAUCAAUGUUUUCUUACUGUUAUUAGUAUUGAACUUGACAGUAGCUUUCAUCAUUAACUUAUACCAGUUGAAACGUAUCGAACAAUAGUUUCAUUCUGAUUUUCCAUGGUUAUUUAAUCAAUACACGUUCAGUAACAAAUUCGAUGGAUUUCCAGGUAGAAUUCAAUUAUAUACACACUAUAUUUGCCAUCGUUGGGUCACAUUUCAAAUCUUAAGGCGAUCUACCUAACACAGGUUUAAGAUCAGGGUAAUGGUACAAAAAUGUCGUAGCUUAUAAUUUAGUGUUGUUACUUGUUUUCUCAUGUGAUAAAUAAACUGUUAAUACUUGGAUUUAUCAAGGGUAGUUGUCUGUUUUGCCAGCUCUACACGGUAAUUCCCUUGUUUUCAUUAUUGGUGAGUAGAACAGUGAUGUGAAUCGGUAGAACACUGCUCAUGUGAUCCGGUAAAUAAUGCAUUCACAAACUGGUGACUUGGGUUUCGAUACAAUUUUUUUGUUUUUUAUUACCUUAUCCAUGACAGUAAUUAGAUUGCUAAAAUCGAGCAAAUGAAGUUUGAGGAUAUUAGAUUUCUUCAAGGCCAGAUUACUAAAGUUAGAUUAUGUGGUCCAAAAUUUGAAAGCAACAUCUUAUUAUAUUUCCCAUGUUGUCUUAGUUAUCACUUAUCAUUUAGACGUAUCUGAUAUGUUGAAGACAAUUAUUCUGUCGUUUUAAUUGUUCCAUUUUACCGAGUAUUGGAUAAAACAUCAACCUAUCAUGAGUGAUAAAAUUCUCGUGAGUCAUCAAGGAAUCGUGGACUCAGUUUUCGUGCUUGUUGGCACUCGUUAGCAAGGUAUAGCUAUAAUAUUGACAGAAGCGAUGCUCUUUGUGUGACUCGAACCCGCGUUACACAGCUUCAUAUCAGAUUAUGAAUAUUGUUAUACAUUACAAAUUUUGAUUAUUACUCUGAAGUCCAGACAAGUUUUCUGGGAGAAUUUAAAUUUCAAUCGCUGAGAUUAUUUCAAAUAUAAUUUUCACAUAUAAUGACUUCUCUAUACUCAGUGCCCAGUUUCCGUCACACUAUUCGUUCUAAUAUUGACGAAUAUUCAUAUACAUUACAAAUUGUGUUCCAAGUCGCGUAUGCUGUGUAUUACUACCAUCUAAUAUACAUGCAUUUCACUUUGUUUUUUUCCGUAGUUAACUGUUACACGACCUAGUAAAUAUCUUUGUCCAAUGUCUCAGUGUUCACCACUCAUUAAAAAUAUGUCAUGGGGUUCCAUUACAGUGGAAACAAUAUCUGAAGAUGGAACAAUUAAUCCAAACAAGUUAAUCACAUACCGAGAUGCAAAACUGUGGCCAAAUGGUAGUCGUGCAUGGGAUUGGAACGAAUCUGGCACUGGUCAUUUUUCAGGGAUUCAGAAACAGGAUGUUGAUGAACUACUCAGUUAUAAACCAAAUAUUAUUAUACUGAGUAAAGGAGUACUAUCUCAGUUGAAAGUACCGCAAUCAUUAAUUGAUCACAUAAAUCAAUCUGAUCCACGUAUUAAAGUAAUAGUAGAGACGAGUAAAAAAGCAUUCAAAUUGUAUAACGAAUAUGCAAUUCAAGGUGAACGUGUUGCAGCCUUAAUACAUUCUACUUGUUGAUAGAAUUGACGUUUUAUUUACAAUGCUAUGUUAUUUUUUGUUGACUUCCUUAUUUAUCAUAUCAUCACCGUAUUUGAGAUAGAUAAACUCUUUAUAGUAAGAUUUUUUUGUCAUCGGACUGUUUGUUUAAAGGAAAAAAUAAUACCUUGGGUAUUGAUUUAUCGUACACUUUUAUUUUUGAAUUAUGUUUUGUUCAAUACGUCGGGAUGAUAACUGGGACUGUAGUAAAAAGAACCUUCCGUAGCGACAGGAUCUAAACCAACGUUUUAUAUAAUAAUAAUUAAACAAGUUAAAUCACAGUUUUACUUCACACACUGAGUAGUACUUUGUUCAGAUAUCAUGUAAAUGAGAAAUGUGCAACUAUGCAGCCAGAUCGCGUCUUCCUUCAAAUCAAGUUUAAUUAGAUACAUUGAACAAGUAAUUGAAUGGUUAUGGGACUACGUACAUGAAUGGUGAUUAAAGGUGGAAGAAAACCUUCCUAUCUUUUAGUUUCUAGGUAGUAAACACUCAAAAAAGUGAACUGUAAUGUUAAUAAGUGUAACUGAUACCUCGUACAGCAGUAGUCUU